UUCUGCGGUCAAUUCGUGUCGCUUCGUUUCAGGACAAGUUGAUCGCAGUAGCGAAGCGGAACGCUUUUUGUGUGUUUCCCACCCACGGCGUGUCGACUGUCAAGAAAGCACCAGUAGGUUAAAGGCUACGGUUACAGCCCCCGGGGCGUACAUUCGCGAAAGGUCGUGCUGCGGAAAACACUGUCCACGCGGAAACCACUGUGCACGCGUGUGCUGUAGGUGACGGGAUCAAAUCAUCGACGACGGUUUUUUGGCUAAACUUGCUUACCGAUCAUUACUAUUCGUACGCGUUUCUACCUGGUGAUUACAUACUAUACGUGUGCUCUUGUUAAGUUUAUGUAUCGCAAUUUCGCUAGAGUUUAUCGAUGUGCUUUUUAAAUUAGCCGCUUAGUUGGUGUGUGUGUGUACGCGUGUGUGUGUUAGAAGGAAAUCCCACUGUUUCGUGGGUGUAGAAAAUAUUUUCCAAAAACCAGACUCAUCGACUGUUGAAAUAAACUAAUACAGAAUAAUAUUUCUAUCAACUGUUAAUCGUUAUCGUCGGAAUCGUUUUUAAUCGAACUAGGGUGUAAUGAUGGCUUCAGGUGGCCGCAGUGUAUGAAGUUGGAAGUUUUCAAACGUCUCGAAACAGAGUUGUGCCGAUCUUCACAAUAUUAAUUUGUCCCCUCUGGUCACUAUCUUGGGUCACCUUUCUCUACGAUAUCACAGAUAAGCUACAAAACGUGCUCGUGGGUGCUUGGAGAAGAACACUAAUGCAUCCCAGGCGUAAGUGAGUCCAGCGGGUUUGUUGUUGUGAAUGCGUUCCAUAAGCAGUUCGUGUUGUUAACGUGACCGUGAUUACUACCGUGUUAAGUUGACGUACCGUAAGUGUCCCCCCCAAAAAAAAAGGAAUGUGAAAUUAAAUUCAUAAAAAGGUGUUAAACGUAUAAAAGUGUAUAAUAUCGUGUGAACUGCGUUGGUGUGAAGUAUCGGGCAAAAUAAGGGCAAGUGAGGUUGUACUCAUUCGUUCGUACUAAUCCUGGUACUGGUUUGGAAUUACGUGAAAUACGUGCAAUUGUUUGUUGUUGCGUACAACAAACGCGUGGAAGGCCUGUGUAAGGUGUUAAUAAAAUUGUACUAAGUGUGGCUCGUGAAGGCUUGAAGCAAUUUGUAAGUGACUUGUAACUUAAGAGUAGCGAGUAACUUAAGAGUGUGUGUUUACGAUUCCGGUAGCGUUAGGAGUGCGGCACAGUCUGUACUAGCUUUGUGGGCCAGUGAGCCGUCCCGUUCCAGCACGGUGCAGGAACGGAACAGAGCAAUGGGUGAUUUUCUAUACUCCAGCUCUGUUCUUGCGAACGAGUCGUGCGUGGCUAAUCCGUCGCUGCUCGACACGCUCAGCAUCAAUAAUCUGCUGAACAUUAAGCAUUUGGCGGGUACGCCCGGGCCCGACAUUGCCGGUACGGGCAUCUCGGACAGCCUGGGCACGAUCGGUGAAUCUUCCUCCUCGUCGUCCUCGGUGUCGAUGGGUGAGCGCACCAAAACCAACGGUAACGGUGGCAACGGUUCCAAAAUGUCUGCCAGCGGUGGAUCGUCGGGUUCGUUGUCGCUGGGCGUUGCUACCGGCGGUUCCAGUGCAUCCGUCGUCGAUGGACCGGGAGGGCUGCUGAUGGCAUCGAGCGUUGCCGCUUCGAGCUGUGGCGUCGGUGGCCUCUCUUCAGUGUCUAGCAUCAUCACAACGGCCAUGUCGUCGGAUGGUUGCUCGUUGUCAUCCGUAUCGGCGGCACGUGAACUUUCCAUGGCGUUAGGUUCGGCCGCAGCCGGCAGUGUCGGUGAGGCGACGGUGACUUCAUCGUUACUGAACGGUGGUAGCAUUACAUCGCCAUCGAUAGUGAACCUUGGCGGGCAUGGUGGGGUAAAUGGGAUGGGCAGUAACAGCGGCAAUAGCUCCAAUGGCAACCACAACAGUACAGGACACAACCACAGCAAUAAUGGAGUGAGUAGUGCUGGUGCUGGCACACUGUGCGUGAAUGGAAACGCUGGUGGCAAUCAAAACAGCGCCAACAAUAAUCUGCUGCUGGAUGGUGGCACCGACCAGCUGCAGCUGCAGUCUGUAGCCGAAGAGCUCAGCCUGAAGGCGACCGAUUUGAGCUGUCUCGGUGUUACGUCCAACCUGAUGAAUGGAUCAUCGCACAUCGGUUCCUGCCUAGCACCGAACGGGCUCGGUUUCGGAACAUCCCCAGACCAUUCCAGCCCCUGGUCGACGGGCCCGGAUGAAACAACGUCCGGACAGGGCAGUUCCGGUGGUGCCCACCUAUCCAUGAAUGGGUUGGGAGCGUUCCAGAAUUUCUCCAACAAUCUCUACAGUGGUGCCGUCGUGGCGGCUGCCGCCGCUGCUGCAGCUGCAGCUGCUCAGCAGCAGCAACAACAGCAGCAGCAACAGCAACAGCAGCAACAACAGCAACAACAGCAUCAGCAGCAGCGUCGUGCUAUAACGGCGUCACAUGGUGGUUUCCCCAAUCAUCAUCAUGGUAUUUCACCCAACGGUUUAUCCGUGCAUGGAAAUGCAAUGUUGCAGCAGCAACAACAACAACAACAGCAGCAACAACAACAACAGCAACAACAACAAAAUCAGUAUAAAAAUUCAUACCCUUCUUGGUCGAAUCCGGGACCAUGGUCACAGCAACAGUCCACCCAACAACAGCAGCAACAACAUCAUCAGCAGCAAGUGCAUCAGCACCAACAACAACAACAACAACAGCAGCAAAGUUCGUUAUCCUCCUGGAAUCGUGGUCGCUCCGUUUCGAGCCUCAAUCCAUCCGGUCUAGGCCCGAAUGGUUUACACUCACGCAAACCGCCCCAUCAGUCCGGCAAUCAGUCCCUCUCACCGUACGGUAUCGGUAACGGCGGCCAUCUGCAGCAAUCCCACCAUCACCAGCAGCAACAUUCGCAUCAGCAACAGAGCAUGCAACAACAUCAGCAUCAUCAGCAGCAGCAGCAGCACCAUCACCAUCCGUCGCACCAUCAGUCGAACGCACUGCAGCCGUUACAAUCGAACCUUGCCAACUCGCCAUCGCGCUACAGACGCAGCACCUCGUCUAUUCCAUUCCCGAACAAACCGUCCCUCACCAUAUCUGCCACGGGUAGUGUUGGUGGUGGUGGUGGAGGCGGCAGCGGGAUCGUUGGUAGCGGUGGCAGUGUAGGAGGCAUCGGUUCCGGUGGCUUUCCCGGGCCACUCGACGUAGUGUCGGGUAUCGAUGAGAAUCGUGAUCCAUUCCUUUCAUCGUAUCAGGACCGUACCGGACUGAGCAAUGGGUUGGACAUGCGCUCGCUCGAGCACUGUCUGAGCGACAUUAUGCGAAACGUAGGCGAAGCAUCGCAGCCGGAUCAUCUGAAAGGUUUUUUAAACUGCAACACCAACACCCUACAAUCGCUGGCGCAGCUACACGGAAAACUCGAUUUCCAUGAAUUCAUCCCAGGAAAACCAUUUUUCGCGGGACUUGACGAGCACCUGAACGAUGAGGAUGGUAGCGGUGGCGGUGGAUUUAUCGGCGCCAACCAAUUGCAGCUAAACUCGCCGGCUAGAUCUUCACCACACUCCAACGGAUCUGAAACGACGGAACGUUUUUCGCGGAAAGUGUUUGUCGGUGGUCUGCCUCCAGAUAUCGAUGAAGAGGAAAUAACCACAUCUUUUAAUCAAUAUGGGGAUCUAAUCGUUGAUUGGCCACACAAAGCAGAAUCCAAAUCGUACUUUCCACCUAAAGGAUAUGCGUUCCUGCUGUUCCAAGAAGAGCGCGGUGUUCAAAAGCUGAUCGAAACGUGCGUCCCGGAUGACGAUAAGCUCUACAUCACCGUCUCAUCACCAACGAUCAAGAACAAAGCGGUGCAGAUCCGUCCCUGGCGGCUGGCGGAUGCCGAUUUCGUGCUGGACGCUUCGAUGCCACUCGAUCCACGGAAAACCGUCUUUGUCGGUGGUGUUCCGAGACCGUUGAAAGCUUAUGAACUGGCCAUGAUAAUGGAUCGUUUGUAUGGUGGUGUAUGCUACGCAGGUAUCGAUACGGAUCCAGAGUUGAAAUAUCCCAAGGGCGCAGGACGUGUAGCGUUUUCGAACCAACAAAGCUACAUCGCUGCCAUCUCAGCCCGUUUCGUCCAGCUGCAGCAUGGCGAUAUCGAUAAACGUGUCGAGGUGAAACCUUACGUUUUGGACGAUCAAAUGUGCGACGAGUGCCACGGCCAGCGUUGUGGAGGAAAGUUUGCCCCAUUCUUCUGUGCCAACGUCACUUGCCUUCAGUAUUAUUGUGAACAGUGCUGGGGUUUAAUUCACUCGCGCGAAGGCCGCGAGUACCAUAAGCCCCUCCCCCGAUCAAUAUCAACUGCAACUGCUAGGACGCCGGCGACGGCGCGGACGGGUGGUGGAACUGGCGGCACUGCCGCCGGUUCCCUCGGCUGUGCAGUACCCAGCGAAACCGCCACAUCGUUAUCCGCCAGCACCGGUACCUUACCCGCCGGACUCUACUAUGGUGGCAGCAGCUCUAAUGCCGGAUUUGCCGGAUCUGCCAGCUACAUACCACCGCCGCCUUCGUUUCCCUGGUCUACCGGUGUUGGAACCAAUACCGGCGGAACCGUUGGCUUUGCCGGUGGACUGUCAUCUCGAGCACGGCACCACCAGCUAAAUCGACCACCGCCUCUGCCAACCACAGCGUCAACACCAUCUUCCAUAUCGAACACGGUGCAUGGUGGAACGGGUGGGUACCACCAUCAUAUCCAGCCACGCUUUGGCUCAGGCAGUAGUAGCGUUGCCGGGGCACUCGGACCCCCGUCGUCUUCGUCCUCGUUGAACCGUUGCAGUUCCAUUGAUCAGUACCAUCAUUCAGCAAUAGCAGCAAUCGGUAGCAGUAGUAGCAGCGGCAGCAAUAGCAUCGGCGGCCUGAACAAUAUCUUGUCCGGCAGCAUUGUUGCCGGUAUGGCUAAUGUUAAGAAAGAAGAUCUUCUAAAACAGCGCCUUGCUAAACUGCAAUCGAUUACUCCAACAACUAUCGGAAGUCCUUAAGGCGAAGAGGUAUGAAUAUUCAUUAUUUACUUCCGCCAUUAGAUUGGAAAAAAGAGUAAGCGAAUCACCCGACGACAAGCGUUCUCAAUAUACGAUUUCUACUCUCAUCCAGUAUCAGUUAAAUCAUUAGGCUUUAGCGGGGGAGGGAAACAAUAUUCGGACUUAUGUUUCUAGAAUGCAAUAACUUCAAAAACUUUAUGUAAAACAUUUAAAAACAAGCAUUCGUUUCUUACUCAUCUUCCUGCAUAGGUUUUAUUAAUUUUGACACAUAAUUUUGUUGUUGCACACGCAACAAAAAUUCAUUUCAAUGUCCAUAAUUCAGUAAACAAGGCCGCAAGCAAAGCAGUGCAGUGUUUAGAAUAAAUAGAAUCAAAUACUAGUAACGUUUGGAGGUGUUAAAAAUAAAUUGAUGUAACAAUCGAAAUUCAAGCACGCCAUUUGUCGUGUUUGGAUGUGCUUUGAUAUGCUAAAAUCUGUACAUAUUUGCAAAAGGAAGGUGUAUGAAACUAAUUGGCUCUGCUUGCUCUGUCACCGCGAUCCGAUUGCAGAAAACGAUAAGUUAUGAUAAAAAGAAUGAAAACCAAAAACAAAAAACAAAUCGUUUGAAUUGACCAUACCAUCCCCGUAAGUCAAGCAAAGAUGAAUCGAUAUUUGUGAUAAAAACGGCUACACUAAAACUAAAAGAAAAUAAUAUUUUUAUAGAGUUAACCAUUUUGCAAUACAACCGGUAGUAAACGUAGGUCUUGUAGAUAUGGCCGCAUGCCCGCAGCAAAGACGCCGAAAGAGAAAUGCCUUGAUGGAGGCCACACGUUAUCGCGCUAUACUAAGAUUUCACGAACCUUUUGUACCUUUUUGUAGUUAAAACAAAAUCAAAAAAUUGCGCGCAUAUAAAUUCAUGCCAACCGUGUGUUCCACAAGAACUAAUCCUAUGCUACGAACGAAAUCAGAUUUUGUGUUUGUAUUAGUGUUGGUAAUAUUAGUCUUAUUGGUCUUUAGUAUAGUUUUCACAAUCAAGCAGCGUUUAGCAAUAUUUUUAAACAUUCAUAUGCUGCGCCUAGCGCUCAAUCUGCAAAAAAAAAGUAUAAGCGCGAUGUUUUCUUGUUGAUUCUUUUUUAAUCGCAAUAAUUGGUAAAUUUUAAAUAGUGAACCAAAAAACAAACCUUGCACCAUUGCGUAAAGGUGACAGUAGUGAACGCGCGAAGUAUGUAUGAUAAACAUUAUCCUUAGUAUGGUAGAGAAAUUAUAGCAAAAUCACUUAACAGGUUUAUGAAACAGAAUAGAAAAAUACGUGACAGUAUUUUAUUGCCAUGAACCUCCCACAAGUUCUCUCAUAUCCCUGGAAUGCCUCAACAGCGAGUGAUUUAUAAAAUGGCUUCUUUUUUUAUAAAACGGUUUAAGUUUUAUCAAAUCAUUUGAAGUCGUUUGAUGAUGGAAAUCGUACUUUUGAAAUACAAAUAUUUGAUCAGCGUGGGCAGCUAAAAGAUCUCCGUGAAGAAAAUCAGUAUCAUGGAGUGAAUCGAUCGUUACUUUUUUUAAAGUACGCAUUACAUUACUCUAGGGAUUGGUUCCAGCUGCUGAAUAACUUCAACACGAUCAAACAGUUGUAAACCGGUAGAAUUGUUAUGCACACAAUUGCGAUUGGUUUAGCAUAAAACGUGCUUACACAAACAUUAGGACUUUACAGACAGAGUGGUUAAAGCAAAAAAAAAAGUAUUCAAAGUGAUGCGUAACAACUAGUAAACCAAACGAUCUGAACUAGAUAAAUCAUAUAAAUUAUUAUUAUAUAUAUAGGUCGUAUACAUAAACAUAUAAAACGUAUAUAUCGUGCGCUAACAGCAGCAUAUACAUUUAGACUGGUGUAGAUAUAGGAUGGAAAUGGUGACGAUUUAGCCAUUUUAAAUUUUACGUUCUCUGAAUGAGUCAUAACCGGAACCACAUUAGCGUAGAUAGUGAAUAAAAUCUUUUAGCCAUCCACCAAUAACGGUAGAGAAAAAGACACUACACUUUGUACUAAAAUAUGUGAUCGCGUUUCUGGCGAAAAUAGUUUUAUUUCCCCUCCCCCUUUAACUAUAGCUUAGAUUUGUCCUAAAAUUAUCAAGCGAGUUAUAUGAUCAUAUCAACAUAUUUUAUACCGCAAACUUAGUGAAAUUUCCGUUUGGAUACUAUUUUUAAAUGAAAAAAAAACACAAAACGAUAGAUAAAAUUUGCGUCUUAUUCCGUUGGAAAAAAGUCGUGUUGAUACAUGUAGCAGUAGCGCGUUUCGUUCGAAGGAUAAUGAUUGAUUUUAGCAACUGUUUUUGGCUAGAUUUGAGUUUGUAAAGCAGUACACACAAAACCUAAACCGGAGCGGUUUAUUGUAAUAUAGAAAGACAUUAUUGCAAUUCAGACGAUCGCACCAUGUAAUAUAUACUACUUUUCCAGCAAAACGAUAUUUGCGCAUGAAGGUAGCUAUAACACAAAACAGAAAACCGAUGUUUUGCUCCGCCGGCUUUUGAAUGACACAACAACAGCAACAAAAAGUGUAAAAGACGUUUUUAUAAAACUUUAACAUUAAAACCAUAUACGCUAACCCGGUGUGGCUAUAUCAUGGCUAACAGAAGAACGAACGGCUGAGAAUAGCCACACAGCUUUAUAGUUAUUUGCAUGGCACCGUGCCCGUAAUGCUGCUGGGGUAUAAUUCCUUCUCAUUAAAGGAAUUUACAAAAUAAUUCACACGCAUGAACCCGUUGCUAAAACAGCUAGAAAUGUUACGAAAGGCCGAAAGUACGAGAAACGAGAAAAAGCAAAAAAAAACACAGAAACAAAUUGUAAAUGUUUGUGCUUCUUCUGAUUUACUCUAUUUCCGCAUCCGCGUUGGAUUAAUAGAAUAAAUACAACUGUGAAUGUAAGGCAACACAUCUUCUAUAAAACAGACUUAAAACACACACUUACACUGUGUGAGAAUAUCGUGCAAUAGAUGUAUUGUAAAACAAUUUUAUAUUUAAUUAACGAAGUGGAAAAAAGACAAAACUAUAGUCUGCGCAGAGGCAGACAAUUAGUAAACAAAGUACGUUUAUAAAAAAAAACACAGAGUUUCUUAGCUAACUGUGGAUAUAAUUAUUAGCUAGCGAAUGACUUCGAAGCCACAAGAUUUAUAAGACGAAAAUUAAGAUAUGUUCCAACUUGCUUCACAUAACCUAUUGUUGAUUACAUUUUAAGUAGGCCAUUUUGUGUAGGUAAAUUUUGUAGAUGCAAUGCUUCGCGUACAUUUUAGUACGUUUAUAUCGGGGUUAUUGUUUUUUUUUGGUAACUAAUUUUAAAGUUUGCUUUAUUGUUUUUUUUUUUCAACAAAGCAAAUGAAACGAUUUAAAAUCACUGGUAGAGAAAUGAAUGUUUCGAACUAAAAUUGUGAAAAGUGCCGACUCACUAUUGCAAUUAAAGUAGCAACAUGAUAUUAUCGUACUUCAAAAAACGGGGAAGAAUUUGCAAAAAGGGGAACCAUUGUUUGAGAAUACAGUUUUAUGCGAAAGGAAAACACAAAACAUUUACAAAACUUUUAACGAAUUAUACGUAGUUUUCCGCCAUGCAUAGGAUUGAAGGAAAAUAAUACAAGAAAAAGAAACAUAAUUGAUGCAUCUCCACAGAUGAAGAUAAAUAAUGUUCCCUUUAGUUGGAAUGAUUAUUUUUGUCAUACGGCAAACCGAACCCAAUUCGGUUUUAUGUUCUUUGCCAUAUAUCAGCAAUGUAGAAGUUGUUUCGAAAACGAAUGGCGAAUUCAUUUGCGAAGAAAGCUUGGCUCAGAAGACUCAACAUAUUUCUUCCAUGAAUUAAACCGUGGGGAAAAACAAACACAUUACACAUAUAAUAAGAUAAUGCUUAUGAUAAACUCUACCGUAGAAUUAUCAAAGUUAUUUGUCUGACGUUCCCUUUUUAAACAAUAAUGCGAAAUGGUAGAAAAAACAAACAAACAAACAAAGACAACUGAUAGGACAAAGGAAAUGAUUGCUAUCCUAUCCGAUGCCUCAUCUCGCAAAAAACGGAGCUGCAGUUAGUAUAUUUUUCUAUCCAAUAGCAACAUAAACGAGUAGUUGACAUUUUGAAUGGUCCCUUACCCCCCUUACAAACAAACAAACAAAAAACGGUGGAACGCGCACACUUCUUUGAGUAAAAUAUAAAGAAAUGGUUAUAUUUUUUGUGCAACCCAUCGUUUCGAGAGACACGGGGGGUUCUAACCAAUUCUGGUAUGCAACACGAGACAAAAAAAAUGUUCAACGAGGUUUCUAGCAAAUUCUUCUUAGUAAAUUAGAGGAGCAAUUCAUAAACAAAUGGAUGCGUUUCUUUGAUGUAGCUUUCCUAAACUGAACAUAGUGUGGUAAUAAUUAAAUUCCAUAUUUUAAAACAGAACUUUUCGGCAUUGGAACAUGUUAGAAAAAACAUUCUGCGUUACACAAUGACGUGUUCCCACUGCGUUGAACAAUGUUUGUAAUGGAAAAGGACAACGCGCGUAUUCAUCGCCAGGGAGGAUGUAUUGGUUGCGAAAAGCGUUACUUUCGAUUUAUGUAGCAAACUACUAUUAAGCGCUCGGGAGGGAAACACAACCUUUGUUUCUUCUCUUUUUCGACCAUAUUGACUCUAUUAUAAAAGCAGAAUAGGCAACACAAAUCAGUACUCUUAGUACAAAUUAGCUAAAGUGUGAACAGUCGUAUUUCAUCGCCGCAGGGCAGUUAACGGUUGCGAUGGAAUGUAUAAAAUAAUGCAAAAGUUAAAUACAUUAUUAUUCGUCUUGCAACAGAUAGAAGACCAAACGUUUUAAAGGAUAACACUUGACCACCGCCGGAGAACGCAUAUGCUGCAACUGCUGCAAUGCUAUCGAUAGUUUGGAUUAAUUUUUAUUUUUCUUCUCAAUGGAAAGAUAAAAGAAAAAAAACACUAAAUUUAUGCAUAAACCUAAUAAACAACGAAAUAGCCUUUCGUUGACCAUAUUCCUAAGCGAUAGCAAAACAAUUUAACUGUAGCUUGUAUCUCAUGUAAUUGAGCGUUUCGUACGAUAGUAUUCACUAAUGCAGUAUUGAUUUAAUGUAAGUGUUUGUUACAUUUUGACUCUGUUCAAGCUUUUGUAAAACAUUUUUAACAAAACAAAAAAAGACGUACGUAACCGUUUUCGUUCUGCGCUCGCGUGCAGAAUACGUUAAUUUGUUGCGUUAGUUUUCAGCAAAACUGUUGGGUAAAAUCUAGUCAUGUCCAUGUUGUGUUCGGCUUGUAUUAACUGAACGCAACUGCGAAGAAAGGACGAGCAAAGAAGUGAAACGCGUAGUACAGCGUGAAGCGUUUUUUUCCCCUUAAACUUAACUUAAUGUCACACGGCAAAAUUGCAUCCAAAAGCGCGGGAAUUAAGAACCAAUCUAAAACGGCACGGCAAGUGUUUGUACCUGAAGUCUCGAGUCAAAAACAAAAAAAAACACAUAACAAGAAACAAGUAGAGACUUGAAUACCAGUUAUAUCACGAGAUUCGGCGUUAUUUCGCAUCUUCAAACAGCGAAACAAAAUAUGAAACCAGAAAACCGAAAAAAGCAAAAGGUGAAAACCAGUCGUCGUAAGAAAAAAAAAACCGUACAAUCUCAGCGCAAUGCGCACUGAGAGGCAAAUAUAUUUUUGUACUACUUCAAAACUAACGCCGGUAUAUUACACUUCUCUCGUACCUUUUUCUUGCCCGGCUACUUGUAGCGAAGCCGUAAUCAAUUAUCAACAACCGCUAAAGGGGAGAUCCCAGAUUAGUUGAGCCCGAAAUUGAUUAAUGACCUAUCGAUAAGGUGUAUUACAAAUGCUAUCGGCUAAGUGGAUCAAGUUUGUAGCAACUGCGGCAACCAUUUAUACACAGUUUGAAUGGUUAAAAUAGUAAACAUUUCCCUGACAACGAACUAGUCAAACUGUUUACAAACUGUUGAUUUAAAAAAAAAAACGAAAAAUAAUUAUUUUCUAUUUUAUUGCUAUAUAGACUUUUCUUGUUAUCUUGGUAACCUGUUGAAGAAUUUGUAGGAACAAAACAAUUAAAAUUUUGUUUCACUUUCUUAAAUAAGUUUUGUUAGCUACUUUUAUACGCGCGCCCUCAAUGCAGCACAGUUGUUUUAGAUUAUAUUUUCAACAUACAAUUAACACUUCGUUCAAUCAUGGGUUCAAUCGAUAUUGAACCAGUGGCGAUAAUUAAUCUUUUAAUAUGAUAAUAAAACACACACCCAUACAUAAACCCAUAUUGAAGGAUAUAACCGGCCAGGAUAAUAAAAUAAAAAUGGAUGCAAAGUGACGAAUAUACAAAAGUCAUUGUUUUAGUGUUGCUAUCGUUUCUCUAUUUUUUGUACUAAUCGAAACAUAAACGUUACCUAGUUAAAACAAAGCAAAAACCUUUACCGGCCGUUCUGCACGGGGUUAGGAUGGUUGUAGAAAUAAGAAGGAAUAGCGAAUCAUCGUCAUCAUAAGCAUAGCAGGAUGCACUUACCAUGCAAAAUCAAUGCAGCAAGGACUAUGUUAAAGGGGGUAGCAAGCAGCAGAUCUGUGACGAAGUAGAGAUCUACCGUGUACAGUGUUUUAAGCCGUUAAUGCUAUUCAGGAACAUAAAAAAACAGCGACAUCGGUUUAGUUCGCUCAUGUUGUGAAAUAGAAAUAAUUCUCUGAAGCUGAACAAACUCAUUACACCAUUUGCUCUAGCACUCCAUAUCUUGUAUUGGCAGCUAUCAAGUCAUCAACAACAGAAUACAAACCAUUGUGAACCAUAAUCCUGAUCGACAGUAGUUAAUAAUUUCCAGAUAAAAAAUGCAUGAAAAACACGUAUCAGUUACUCGAUGUGAAAAAAAAUGCUUCGCGUGGCGCAAGCUUGGUGAAGGUAAGAAAUCAUUAUUACUACAGUUCCCUGUUCCCUAAUAAAUGCUUGUGCAAAAACAAAAAAAAACAUACAUGAAGCUAAACAAUACAAAAUAAACCAGCAAACAAUUUGAAAAUAUACAAUAGCAAUAGGACAAUUCUGCAUUGCCAGUUGGAACAAUCCUUGUCAGGCUAUUGACUACAGACAGCAAAGACAGUUCCAUUGAUGAAUGUUUAACAGUAAACUACCAUUUUUCAGCUCAAACCAACUAUGUUUGGAAAGUAAAAAAAUGAACAACAGUUGUACGGAAUGCUAAAAUUAAAGGUUACGAAAAAAAACCAAUUUAUGUUAAACAAAAACUUAAGAAAUUCGCUAUUAGAUGUAUGUCACCGGGGAAAAAAAAGAAAACUUUAACACCUUGUCUAACGAAAGAGCGAUACUUUAGCGAAAAAAAAACGGCAAUUAAACAAAGAAGAAAAACAAACCCGCAUUAAUCGUUAAUAGAAAGCUCGAUUUAUGAUAAGAAACAACAGAAUUCGAAAUGGACGCGUGUGUUUGAAAACAGAAAAACAACAAACGAGAGAAAUACGAUCAAGCACACGAACAGUACAUAAAAGCUCAAGCGCAAUAUCAAAAGCAAAAGUUGUGCAAUAAAACAUCCUCUAUUAAUAAUCUCUAAAAACCAGUGGCAUACAAAAACACCGAGCGGCGGAAAAAUGUUUUUCUUUUUCCUUCUUCCGGCUAUAAGUCUAUGCGAUGCAAAAAGGUGAUUCGCAAGUACUGAGCGUACAAGGUUUUUUGGAGAAAAAAAAACAAAAUACCAAACUUCUGAAUAAAAAGUGGGAAAGCAUACAUUAUCCUCCUAAUACAUAGCACAUACAACUAAAAGCGCGGUGCGUUGGAAGAUAAGUGGGCGAUAAACACGAAAGCAAAAAAAAACCGAAAGCGUAUUAAGGAAUAUAAAUCUUUUGAGUAGAUUUUGGAUUCUAAUUUUAGAGCAAUUUUUCACGAAAUAAUAUGAUAAUUAAACUAAAACAAACAUAAACGUGUAGCAAGGACAUGCAUCUCUCUCGUGCACAGAUACUUUAUAACUAACUACCCCCAAAAAAGUUUGUGGAACAGACGAGAAAUCUCUUCACUUGUAGCAAUUGAAAGCGAUUUGAACACAUGUCAAACGCAAGCGAAGAUUUACAUGUUAUGGAACUAAGAAGAAAAGGAAAUGAGUACUUCAAAGCAAAAACAAAUAAAAAGAAAAAAAAAACAAACAAACAAACAAAGACGUGAGAUACGAAUGAAUCUUUCUAAUAAUUGUCAAACAAAAUUUACGAUAAAAGUGCAAAACCACCUGAGCCACAAUGGGGAAGCAAAGGGCUUAAACCAAGCAUAAACAACAAACACAAAGAAUUACAUCCAAAAUUAAUAACAACGCAACAUGGACACGGUACGCCGACCAACACAAAGUCGGCAGAUUGUGGAGGACGUGCGGUAUCCAACGGGUGGUACAGCGAAAUGUGUGAAACGUAAAAAGAGAAUUGUGUAAAACUUUAGAUCAAGAUGAAAUGUUUUUUAUACUUGUAGCUGACGUUUUUUAACAAAAACUAAAUCAUUCAAAAAAUACAAAACCUUAAACCUGGUGGAUCAAAGUGAGAUUAAUAACAAACAAACACACACACACACACACGCACACGUUAAAUGAAACAACAACCGUGAACGAAUGGACACAAACAAAAAGGACAAAACCACUACACUAUACCACUUCCCAUACACACACACACCAAAUAAGGAAACAACGGAGCAAUACGCAAGUCCACUAAAAACGUCCCUUCUCGUCACCGAGUCCCUUACUCCCCCCAAUUCGCCAAGAACGCAUGAACGAUGAUGAUACGACAUAAGCAAAACCAAAAUUCGGAAUAUAAAGUUUUAGAACUAAUACAAAAGCAACCAAAAAAAAGAAAAGCAAAUAAAACAAAAGUAAAAAUUCCAAUGCUCCGCACAGUUUUUUCCUGCGUGUGGAUAAAAUUUGUAUUGAUUUUUGCAUUACUUUAGAGAAGUUUUUAAAAUCGGCCAUUUGCAGUUACGUUGUUUAGAGAAGAAGAAGAGACAGAAAAAAAGCAUUAAUUGAUGUAACAACGAGCGAAAUCUAUUGGCGAAUGUUUAAGAUAGAAGCAAAAAAAACAAAAUUUAACGCAUUCGCCAUCGAAAGUAUGUAAAGGCAAACUGUUGGUCAUGAUAACGGAAACAUAAAUGUCGCAGAAAAGAAGUAUCUUAAACAGAUACGAUAUUACUAGUGCAAGAAGGAAGAAAAAAGAAAUCAAACACACAUUACACAAACGUAACAACAAAUAAACUUGGGCAUGGGAGAAAAUUUCACUCUAAACAAAAUCUCAUCAAAGGCAAAUCUUUCUUAACCAAUUUACCAUGUUUUGUUUCCACCUGUUGUAUCAAAAGGUUCACUAGCACAUUCUAGCAAAUGGCUUUUUUUUUUUGUUUUGUUUAUGUUUUAGAUGUUUUGUGCUCUUUUACUCUUUUUUUACUCUACUUUUACUUUUAAGAUUACUCUUUAAACUUCUUACAAGAGUCGUUGAUUUAUUUGUUACUUCGUUCUUAAAGUGUUAUGUUGUAUUACGUUGUUGUUAGGUGAUGUAUAAUUGCUACUAUUAUGAAGCUUUCACUAUGCACAUGAGCUUUACUGCGGUGGAAAUUAUGCUGUAUGCUCUUUCGUUUUUGUAUUGUAUUACAAAAUGGUAUUUUUAUGUUUUUACACGUGUAACACACGCUGUUACUACCACCGCAGAACGUCCAGCUAUAUGAGUAAUCAGUUUCUAAACAACUUUCGUCCUUUCAAACUAUUGUUUCAAAACCAUAGAAAAUAAAAGGAACGAUUGAUGAGUAUGCUGUAAGGAAGGAGUAGAUAAACCGAAACAAGCUAACAAGAGCGUGGUGAUUGAGUUUACAUUACAUAAAUAUCGCGAACAACCCCCCGCAUAAUACACAUACAUACACAAACACACACACACACAUUGGACAACAAACGAAGCAAAUUUAUUAGCCAAUAAAUAGUAAUUAAUUAAAAAUGAUUAUGAAAUAAUAAUUAUUAUGAAACAAAAAUAAUAAUAACACGAACAGGAUGGAAUGAAUGGAA